AGUCACAACCCAAACAUUGUGUCCACAAAGGGACAAACAGCAACAAAAACAAUAUCUCCAUUGUCUCAUAUACGUGUGCGUGUACCUGCACUAAUGUGUCUGUCCAGUAGAUGGCGGCAGAGGAAAACACUGACGGACCAGUGUGCGUGUGUGUGUUUGUCAGUCAGGACCGCCGGGACUCGGGCGGGCAGUUGCACCGGGAGGUUCUGCGUCUUUAAGGCCGAGUUUGACGGCUCUGUCUCGGCUGACAGCUGCCACGCUGCAGCGCCUGCUCAGUGCGCGAAACCUGGACCAGUAUCUCCUGUGUCUGUCCCGAGUGUGAUAGUGUUAGUGUUGGUGUGUGCUGCCUGAACCCCUGGACUGACGAAGGGAGGCUUUUGUUCUGGUUUGUUCUGUUGGAGCCGCACUUUCACCGGAGAAUGUCUGGAGGAGCUGUGUUACCCCACCGAUAGCGCCGGAAUACACACAAGGAAUACGACACUGACAUGAAGAAAGACAUUGAGACUCUAAUUGCAGAGGAACGUGCUGAGAUCAUCCUGAAAUAUGCAACGGGCAGGCAGGGCGGGGUGGAGAUCGACCCUUGGGAAGAUGCUGACUACAGCAUCUACAAAGUCACUGACCGCUUCGGCUUCAUGCAUGAAGACGAACUACCAGCCCCAACAGCACAUGAGGAGAAGUUAAAGCAGCUGGAGAUAGAGAGAGCAGAGAAGUGGCUGAAAAUGGUGAAGAAGUGGGAGAAAUACAAGAACAGUGAUAGGAUGGUGAAACGGGUGUACAAGGGCAUUCCCCUGCAGCUCAGAGGCCGAGCCUGGGCCCUGAUGCUGGACGUGGAGAGGGCUAAGAAGGAGAACGAGGGCAAGUAUGAGAGAAUGAAGGAACAUGCCAGACUCUACUCUUCCGAGAUCAAACAGAUUGACCUGGACAUCAACAGGACUUUUCGGGACCACAUCAUGUUCAUGGAUCGCUUUGGAGUCAAGCAGCAGUCCCUCUUCAAUGUUCUUUCAGCAUAUUCAGUCUAUAACACAGAGGUGAGCUACUGCCAGGGGAUGAGUCAGAUUGCUGCCCUGCUGCUCAUGUUCAUGAAUGAGGAGGACGCCUUCUGGGCCCUGUCGCAGCUGCUGACCAAUCAGAAACACGGCAUGCACGGAUUUUUUGUUCCCGGGUUCCCCAAACUUCAGCGAUUCCAAACACAUCAUGAUCAGAUUAUUUCCAAACUCAUCCCCAAACUGAAGAAACAUCUGGACAGAGAGCAGAUGUCUACAGGGAUUUACAGCACAAAAUGGUUCCUACAGUGUUUCAUUGACAGGACGCCGUUCACCCUGACCCUCCGUCUGUGGGACAUUUUCAUCCUGGAGGGAGAGAGGAUGCUCACUGCCAUGUCUUACACCAUUCUGAGGAUUCACAAAAAGCACCUGGUGAAGAUGUGCUUGGAGGAGCUCAGGGACUUCAUGCAGGAGCGAAUCGCUCAGACCUUCUUCUACAGCGACGACGUGGUCAUCAAGGAGCUUCAGGCCUCCAUGACUGAGCUGCAGAAGAUGACGCUGGACCUUCCUCCUCCUGGGAAGCUUGAAGAGCUGCCUCGUAAGCCUCUGGGUCAGGAGCUGCCUCUGCUGCUGAGCCCGGUCCAGUCCUCUAGGGGGAAGAUGUCGUCUGCCAGUGGAUUCCCCAGAGCAGGACUGAGCCUCCAAAUCAUCUCUCACCAGCCUGACACCAUAUCCCCAGACCAGAGCCCGUCCAAGGACCCCAGGGAUCUUUAUGUUGCGGAGGAAGAGGCCCCACUGCCGUCCCCAGACCCCAUCAUCAUCCAUAGUCAGGUCCCGCUCACCCCCAACGGCUCCCCACUUAUGGGGCCUCCUCCCUAUCAGCCACCAGACAGCCACACAAUGGAUAAGUCAUCAGAUCAGGAUUUGGAUGAAAUGCGGCCGACGUUAGGGUCCUCCGUAGACUGUAGUACUGACCAAUCCGAAGUCCAGCAGACUCUUUCUGAAGCUGCACUCCAGGCGGCCAUUCCAGGUUCAGGCCUGGUUCACUCUGAGAGUUUGUCAGCUGCAGAGAUGACCGAAGACAGUCACCUGGUCGAGCUGCUGGAUCGGGCCUCGGCUCUGGGUACCAAAGAGAACCUGAACCAGGAUUUGAGCACAGAGGAGGAGACACAGGCAGCAGGAAUCUCAUGAAACAAGCAGAUGAUCAGAUUACUGAUCAGGUUUCUCCAUUGAUUGGAUUAUGUGUUUCUGUGUGGAGUUUGCAUGUUCUCCCCGUGUGUGCGCGUGGGUUUCCUCCCACAUGUCCAAAAACAUGCAGAGGUUAUUUGGACACUCUAAAUUGCCCAUAGGUGUGAGUGUGUGUUCGUCUCUCUGCGAUGGAACGGCGACUUGUCGAGGGUUUGAUCCCCCCCCCCCGCGCCUUUAGCCCCGUGUCAGCUGGGAUUGGCUCCAGCAGCGCCCCUGUGUCGCUCAUGUGGAGGACAAAGUGGUCGACAGUGGAUGGAUGAACGAGUUAAACAGUGAUGAGGAAGAACUACAAAGAUACAGUGCGAUUCACCAGUGUACACCACUGUAUGCUUAUCCACCAGUCAGCAAUACUUCAUUUAAAACAUGUGAUAUUAACGUCAGUGAUCUUAAAGAGGUCAUUUCAUUAUAAUCUUAACAACUCUAAGAGUCAGUUUAUAUUUGUUUGUUUUGUG